UGCUUGUCCUAACUUAAAAAAAAAAUAGAAAAGAAGCUGGCCCAGCCUUGGGAUGAAUUAUGAAUAUGAAACGAUAAUGCAUGGCUUCCAGCCUCUAUAAAUUGAAGUAUCAAAGCAAGUAACCGGCAUCCAAAUCAACACUUAUCCAGCAACAUUUCACUUAACCAUGAAGACCGCAACAGCCGUAGUUUUACUCCUCUUCGCCUUCACAUCAAAAUCAUAUUUCUUUGGGGUAGCCAACGCUGCAAACUCUCCUGUGCUUGACACUGAUGGUGAUGAGCUCCAAACUGGGGUUCAAUAUUACGUCUUGUCAUCGAUAUCGGGUGCUGGGGGUGGAGGGCUAGCCCUAGGAAGGGCUACAGGUCAAAGCUGCCCAGAAAUUGUUGUCCAAAGACGAUCCGACCUUGACAAUGGUACUCCUGUAAUCUUUUCAAAUGCGGAUAGCAAAGAUGAUGUUGUCCGCGUAUCUACUGAUGUAAACAUAGAGUUCGUUCCCAUCAGAGACAGACUCUGCUCAACGUCAACUGUGUGGAGGCUUGACAAUUAUGACAACUCGGCAGGCAAAUGGUGGGUGACAACUGAUGGGGUUAAAGGUGAACCUGGUCCUAACACUUUGUGCAGUUGGUUUAAGAUUGAGAAGGCCGGAGUACUCGGUUACAAAUUCAGGUUCUGUCCUUCUGUCUGUGAUUCGUGCACAACUUUAUGCAGCGAUAUUGGAAGACAUUCAGAUGAUGAUGGACAAAUACGUUUGGCUCUCAGUGACAAUGAAUGGGCAUGGAUGUUUAAGAAAGCAAGUAAGACAAUAAAACAAGUUGUUAACGCGAAGCAUUAAUUUUAAGUUUAAUGUACGAAGUGUACGUCCAAAGCAGCAAUACUAGCCGGUCGUUACUUUCCACUAAAUAAAAGUUAAGUAUGUGGUUCCCAGCCCAGUGUUGUAAUGCUAUGCCUAUGUAGUCAGUGUCUUGUUUGAGGGUGGAGAUGCUUAAAGGGUGUGUCUUCACAGCCCAGCUUCGUAGUCUUUCAGCUUUAUGAAUAAAUGAUUUGCCUCUUGCCUCUUUUAUUACC